GCAUCCAAUAAUAGGACGAAGCGGCGUGGGGGAGGAUAGCUGUGUUUAUUUUCUUUCAGCCACAGAUGGUCUGAGAGGCUGAGAGGCUGCAGCGGAGACACGCAGAACGACGGCCGGGGAUGAAGCCGCAGCUUCGGGGAAAAGGUUGCAUUUAUUGCAUGCACAGCCCGGCAACGGGAUUCAAGCUCUCACGAUGUUAAUGCACGUGGUUACGCUUGGCGUUUUGGUUCUGAGCUGCGGACCCGCAGGCGCUUUCCCCAGUUACAAAGAUGACUACAUGGACGAGGACCUGGCCACCUUUGACUAUUACAAAGGCACGGAUGAUUUUGGCGAGGGGAACGGGACGCAGGAGUGCGAGGAGUGCGUUCCGGAGCUGUGCCCGCUCCCGCUGAGCUGCAGAGCCGGGCUGGUGCGGGACGGCUGCGGCUGCUGCUCUCAGUGCGCCAACCUGGAGGGACAGACCUGCGAUCUGGGCCAGAGAAACGUCUAUUACGGGCUGUGCGGGGAGAACCUGGAGUGCAAACCGGACCGGUCGGAUGGAGCGGACGCAGAGGAGCCGGAAGCCCAGUGUGUGUGUUUGUACCAGAAACCUCUGUGUGGCUCAGACGGACAGACUUACAUGAAUAUCUGCAAAUAUAAAGAAGCGGCUUAUUUGAAUCCUGCACUCAAUGUGAGCGACGGGCCUUGCAGAACAGUCCCUAUCAUCAAGGUGCCGCCGCAUAAUCUGGUAAAUGUAACGGGCAGCAGUAUAGCAUUUCUUUGUGAAGUGUUUGCAUUUCCCAUGGCGCUAGUGGAAUGGAGGAAAGAUGGAAAAGAGGUCAUUUUACCUGGUGAUGAUCCCCACAUAUCGGUUCAGUCACGAGGUGGCCCUCAGAAAUAUGAACUUUCCAGUUGGCUGCAGAUCGAAGAGGCCGGUCAGAUGGAUUCUGGCACAUACAGGUGCAUCGCUCGAAACGAGCUUGGCCAUGUCUCAGCCACAGCGGUUUUAGGAGUCCUGCCACCAGAUGAGAUGUCUACCUAUUUGGAGCAAAACUUAAAUGAAAUGAUGAGCUAUGACCAAUUACAGGACUAUGACAGGGAUUAUUACUAAACUUCGGAUCCCAACACCCUCGAGGAGAAAAACAAUGUCUUUAUACUUUUAGCCAUUCGGCUUUAGACAUGGCAAGAAGACGCUCAAGAAACGACGUAAAAAAUAGUAAGCCUGU